AUGCGGCAGACAGCAGGCACUGUGGAGGUGCGGCAGACAUCAGGCACUGCGGUGGAGGUGCGGGAGACAGCAGGCAUUGUGUUGGAGGUGCGGCAGACAACUUGCACUGUGGUGGAGGUGCGGCAGACAGCAGGCACUGUGGUGGAGGUGCGGCAGACAGCAGACACUGUGGUAGAGGUGCGGGAAACACAUAGAGGAGGAAUUGCGUCUGGAUGGAAAGUGAUCCAUUUAAACCGUGUGACUGUAGACAACAGACUAGAGAACCUUGCAUUAGUACCUGUAGGAGCCAGGCAACCUACAGUCACACAGAUUGCAACACCUAGAGACCAGUCCCUAUACUGGGUUGCUAUCCAACAAUUACCUGCAGACCCAGUAGAAGAGCAAUAUGGUGAUUUUGUAGUAACACGAUACUUCAACGCAAAUGGUGAAGUGGUGGAGGAGGAGGAAGAUUGUUAUUAUGAAUGUCGAUACCCUCCCUGUACCAACAUAGAGAAAGAGCUUAGAGAAUUUUCAAUAUGUGGUAGAUGCCAGGAAGCAAGAUACUGUGGUACAUAUUGUCAGCAGAAAGAUUGGCCUGUGCACAAGAAACUGUGUCGAGAAAAAAGACGACCGUGUCUGACUGAGAGACCUCCGGAACGCUAACAUCUGCCCAAACUAGUCACACAUCCUUGGUAGACACCCAUACUCCUAUAUAUUGGAGGAUUUAUUUAAUUUCACUUAACAUUCAAAAGAAAUUGUUUUCCUGGUAGAUAAAUAUAAGUCCUUCAAAAAUGCCGUAGAUUCUAUUUUUUAAAGGUUAGAAAGUAAAUAUUAUUUUGUCUCAACUGGGUAAAUCUGACAAAUUGUACAGUAUACGAAUUUACAAGGGCAUACAUUCCCCCCUUUUAUUUUAAUAGUCUGUACUUCAUUAGCAUGUGAUAAAUUUAAUAGUUUCUUAAAGCACUUUAGUUUAAAAGGCAUACUUAAUACUGUUAAACCCUAUUACCAGUAAUAUAUUUUUUAAAUUAUUGAAGAAGAUUUGAUCAUACUUAUGCUUUUAAUGUUUAUUACCUUUUAUGCUAUUAAUUUUUAAAGAUAAAAUUACAUAGUAUUUGUAUGCAGGACAAAGACUUGAAAAUAUGAUCACAUUAACAGCAUGUAUAUAACAUCCUCCAGUAUGCUGAGACUGGGAGUCUGCCAGUAAUUUUAUUACAGUUAAUAUGUGAAACAGUUAACAGCCAAUAAAUGAAAUGUUUGGUAAGUUCCAAGUCUGAUUGUGUGUGUGUGUGUGUGUGCAUGUGUGUGAAUAAUGAAGUACAGUAGAGUGAUACUGUGCGAACACCAUACAAGUGUAUAAUGGAAGAAAUCACAGUAAAAUGCAUGACCGCAAACAAGAAAAAAACCACAGUGAAAACAGGAAAAAAUACCCCAGUGAAAUCAGUAAAUAAAACUUGAGCGCUUUCAUGUGCUUACACACACAUCUUCAGAGGAAUAGGAAGAAGAUACUCAGGGUUUAACAUAUAAAAUGUGAUUCUCUUGCCUCUUCUUCCUGUUCCUCUGACAAUGUGUGAAAGCACAUAAAAGCGCCCAAGUUUUAUUUCCUGUUUUCAUUGUGGUAUUUUUUUCACAAGUGUAUAAUGUUUGAUAAACACUAACCAUUUAAUCUUGAAGAUUUACAGCCCCAGUUUUGAAUUGGAAGAAAAAAAUCACCCAUUUGCAUGCAUGUAUUCAUAGACCUAUUUAUGAAUAGUGCAGAUAUUUCUUAACUUCUUUGCAGUUAUAAUAAUCAAAUAUUGGUAAAAAAAAGCAAAACCAUAAAACAUAAUCAUGGAAUUAAAUAAUUUAAUACCCUGUUCAGUAUUUCUUUUAUUUGGGUAUGGAUAUAUAGUACCCAGUCAGAGAUGAGAAGAGUUUGUGCAUAGCUUGUCAAGAUCCCCUGCCAGUAGUUGUUCGUAACACAUGCAUGAGCAGGACUUUAGUUGGAAAGGAUGUCUGACAAUCUAAUGCAGGUAACUGAAUAUAAGUACUUGUACACUUAUACACACACAUACAUAAAUAUAUAUAUUAUAUAGUCUCUCCUCACUUACUGACAACUCGGAGUUGUUAUUAUUAUUAUUAUAAAAAAAGAAGCGGUAAACCUACAAGGGUCAUACAGCAACUUGGAGUUAUGACGAGCUCUCUAACCAGUAUGCAAUGCUAAAUAAUGUAUAUUAGAGCUGAUUUUUCUCUAUUCUGUUUAUUACAGUAUGCAGUACACUACUGUCUAAACAUUUAAAAAUAUACCAAAAAUGCUAUAAAUGAUGCAAAGGUGACAUUAAAAAAAUAUCUAAAGAUAGUAGACACAAACCCACUACCAGUAUACAGUAGUAUGCUUCUCGCUUAGCAACGAAUUCGUUUACCAAUGUGGUCUUAGGAACGGAAUUCCGUCGUUAAGUGAGGAGAGACUGCAUUUACAUACACAAAAGAAAAAUGAUAAAUUUCAUAUUUAUAAGAAGUGCUAAAUCUAUAUGGGUUAUUCAACACUGGAUAAAUUAAUCAGAUUACAUAUUAGGGUAUUAUUAAAUUCAGCAAAAAAGUUAAGCUCGUAUGGGUCAUACAGUGCUAAAAUAAAUCUGAUGAAGUACCACAAGCAUAGCUCUAUUCUUGUAACUGUUUUUAAAUAGGUAAUUAUAUAAAUGGCAUAGAAAGGGCUUUAGACUAAUAUUUCACAAGCAGUGGUAGAUAGCUGGAGUUGACACUAGAUGAAGGAAAUAUAUUGCAACUACUGAUAGCCAAACUUUGUAUGAUUGUUUAUAGAGGACUAUAUGCCAUGAGUGUAAAUCUAUUCCAGAAGCUACAAACAGGUUAUUACACAUAUGUAAAGGAGUAUUACCACUGGUUUUGUAUAAAGACUCGUUCCCUUAGAAAAAGAAGAAAGAAAUAAGGCUUAAAUACGUGCUGCUCUGUAAGUGAGGUAUUUUACUACCUCGUUUAAAUUUUGAAACAUCUAUUCAUCAACACACAUAAGAUUGUAGCACCAUGACACACUAAAACACCUCACUCAGUCCUUUUCAGAGUUGCUGGUUUAGGAAUGGGGAUGGGGGACAGGGGCACCACAUUAGUGAUGGGCUCUUGAUUCACAGAACUAGCACUCUACCUUCCUCGGAUCAGACCUGAUUACCUCCCGACUUCUAUUCCCUAGGCUCCAUAUGACCCUUGUUAGUUUAGCACUUCCCUAUGAUUAUAAUAAUAAAUUCAGAGUUGGUGGACUAAAGUGGUGGGACAGGAAGCUAGCAGCUUUUAGACCCAAAAAGGCAAAGGUGCAGGGGUGGGAAAAUUCAAAAUCCAUCGAAGGUAUAUAUAGAACUUGAUUUAAUAGAGCUGUCCAUUGAGGAAAAUAUCAUAAAAAAAACUUACUCUACACGUGUCUUUAAUUUAUCACUGCUGGCAGUACACCUAUGUUCCCAUCCUUUAGAUCUCUUAGAGUAAUGGUUCCCAAAUUUUAGUGCAUGCAUCCCUGGGAAUGCAUAAGGUAACCUGUGGGAGUUUGUGACGUGAUAUCUAUGGGGGUGCAUGAGAAAAAUUCUGUAAUGGCAAUGUCAACAGUGGAAGCAUAAAGAAUUUGUUGCUCAUAUCAGAAGAAGUCAUUCCAUCAGUUUCCUGGAUACACUGUAGAACUCAGAGGUCCUUGCUGAUAAAAAAAAAUGCCAACAGUAGCAUUCACAGAGGUCCUUGCUGCUAAAAAAUGUGAGCUGUGGCAUUCACAGAGGUCUUUGCUGUUAAAAAAAAAAUGCCAGCUGUGGCAUUCACAGAGGUCCUUGCUACUAAAAAAUGCCAGAUGAGUUUGCCACUGUUCAUUGAAUCAGUGAAUAUGAUAUUCUCCAUCAAAUCUAAUUUGCUACGUCAAGGAUUUUUAUAAUGCUGCUCAAAAAUGGGCAGUGGACAUGAGACACUUUAACUUCACACUAAAAUGUGCUAGUUGUGCCAUGGGAAAAUUUUAAAAAGACUUCUUGAACUGAAAUAUUAAGUUCAGCAACAGUUUUUAGACAACCCAUUUUACUUUUCUUCUUGCCUGAUAAAGAAAACUGGCUAUAAAAACUAGCAUGCAUGGUAGACAUUUUUUGGCUUGGAAAGAACUGAAUUUAUGUCUCCAGGAUGUCAGAGCCACAGUAUUCAACACACAAGACAAGGUCAAAGCAGUGAUAAAUAACUGGCAUUUUAAUGAAUCUGUAUAAUACUAUUUCCCUCAGUGAGUUCCAACACUUCAAGAAUUCGUCAAAAUAAAUGAAAAUGUCUUGGACGACACGUGAAAGGCCUUAUAGUGAGCAAACACCUCAAGCACCUGUCAUAGCUACAGAUAUAUAUUUUCAUCAUGGAUCAAUCUCAGAUCUGUGUGCUUUGAAGUUUCUCCCACUCAUACACUCAUAAUACUACUACUAUUGCCUCACUAAUACUCUACUCUCUGACUUCUGUCACUACCACUACUCCCUUCUCAUUACCUCUGUCACUACUGCACUAUUUUCUACUAUUGCUAACACCACCACUACCUUUGCCAUUACUUCUACCUCCUCCCAUUCUCCCAGCCCCCCCCCUUGUGUAUAUACUGGCUCUCUCUCCUUCGCACUUAUAUGUAACUGGUUAAUGGUCCAAGUCAGACCAAAAUGUCGUGGAUUAUUUGUGUAUCAUAUACUUGUCAUUUGACAACAGAAGCAAUUAAUGGAGUUAUGUUGGCUGAUCUUUAUUUCAAAGAACACAAUAAUGCUAGUGUCAAAACAGCCAGCAAGAUGAUGUGGUGGAUAAUGAGAACUUUCAAAACAAGGGCAAUAGUUGUGGAGAGAUUUUCUCCAGGAGGGGGGUAUCAGUCCCCUUCAGCCCUUUCAGAAGGGGCAAGCAUCUUGUUUACUGCUUCAGCAAGUAAUUGAUCCCAGAUGCAGUACCAGUAUGCAACGUGGUCAAGCGACCGAGGCUCCGUGCAAGACUCCAGUGUUGCAAAGUGUAUUUUAAUAAGAGACAGUCCAUCAUCUUACCUUAGCAGGACAAUUAAGGAAAAUCCUGCUCCCACUUUAUUACCAUGGUAAAGAUAGUGUACAUUGUUGUCUAUGCUUAAGACAGCAAGAUUCAAGCAUUCUGACCGUCGCGUUAGCCACUGGACCAGCCAGCCACAAUAAGAUUCGUCCAACUAGGUAUAUUUCUACACCAUAGGAAGGUUAGCAUAGGCACCACUGUGACCACAAAUGCAAGUUUUUACGGACGAAUCUCCAGCUAGCGUGGCUGUGACAAACUCUAGCUCAAGUCCCCUCACUGCUGUCAAAGCAUUCUGCUUUGCUUCAUGGAGGAAGUGGCAAGGAAGCAAAAGUACUAGGUCAGCUUUUCCUUUAUGUGCUAGGGGUAGUGAC